AUGCCGCCUAACGAAGCUGCCGAGGUUAUUGUUCCAGCUGAUGAUAGGAAGACCAUCGUUGUUUGCGGACUUGGGAUGGUCGGAUUAUACUUUAUUGAGAAACUUGUGAAAUAUGACGUCACACACAAAUUCAGGAUCGAAGUUUUUUUUGCUUAUAAUAGGGUUGGCUUGACACAAUUCUUUUCUCAUCGCUCGGAGGAAAGAAUGCUCAUGCAACCCCUAAGUUGGUACUCGGAGAAUAAUGUGAUUGUUCACAUUUCUGACAAGGCUAAGCAUAUAGAUACUGCUGCCAAGAUCGUUACAUCUGAGAACGGUCUCUCAGUUUCAUACGACGAAUGUAUACUUGCUACAGGUUCCUAUCCAUUUGUUCCUCCGAUCCCUGGUUGGAAUAAAAGCGGAGUGUUUGUCUAUCGAACUAUAGAUGAUUUGAAUACUAUAAUCGCGUAUGCUGCCAAUUCGAAACGUGGAGCUGUCAUAGGAGGUGGCUUGCUUGGUUUAGAAGCUGCCAAGGCUCUGAAGGAUUUAAAUCUGGAUGUGACAAUCGUCGAAAUGGCACCGGUCUUAAUGGCCAGGCAAUUGGACGCCGAAGGUGGAAGAAUGCUUCAAAAAGAAAUAGAAAAACUUGAUAUUAAAUGCGUUCUUGGUGUUCCUCCAAAGGAAAUUACUGUUGAUGAAGAAGGAAAAGUUAAUGGUAUUCGGUUUGAGGAUAAGGUAAUAGAUUUGGAUAUGGUAAUUGUUGCUGCAGGUAUUCGUCCACGUGAUGAGCUCGCGAAAGCAUCCGGAAUCUCAACACAUGCGCGAGGUGGCGUGUUUGUGGACGAACGACUACAAACUAGUGAUCCUCAUGUUUAUGCUAUUGGUGAGGUCGCUUUGCAUGCCGGUAUGAUUUAUGGUCUUGUUGCACCCGGUUACGACAUGGCUGAUGUUGUCGCAGCAAACCUUGCUAAGAAAGAUUCUGAUAAACGCUUUCUUGGUGGUGAUUUGUCAAGUAAACUUAAACUUCUCGGUGUUCAUGUUGCUAGUUUUGGCGACUAUUUCGCUAAAGAUGAUGUGGCAAUGCCAUUGGUGUACAAUGAUCCCUUCGGUUCGGUUUAUAAAAAAUAUUUAUUUUCCAAAGACGGUAAACAUCUUCUUGGUGGUAUAAUGGUUGGUGAUACAGAAGAUUAUACAAAACUUCAUGCCUUGCUCAAGUCUAAAAAACCAUUAACUAUGCCUCCUGGCGAACUUAUUCUUGGUGUAAAGUCCGGACAAGCACCGGGUGCGGAUGAUCUUCCUGAUGAGGCACAAAUUUGUUCAUGUAACAAUGUCACGAAAGGACAGAUACGUGAAUCUAUUAAAGACGGAGACUGUCGUUCUGUCGGUCAAGUCAAAUCAUGUACAAAAGCUGGUACAGGUUGUGGAGGAUGUAUGCCACUUGUGACGGAAAUCUUCAAUGCGGAAAUGAAAUCUUUGGGUCAUGUUGUAACACAGCAUAUUUGUCCGCACUUUAACUUUACUCGUUCUGAACUCUUUCAAAUUAUUAAAAUCAAGAAGCUCAAGAAUUUUGAAGAAACAAUUGAAAAAAUUGGCAAUAAAGAGUCAUCAACCGGUUGUGAAGUGUGCAAACCGAUGGUAGCAUCUAUUAUUGCCAGUUUAUGGAACGAGCCUGUUCUAGAUCAUUGGGGGAUUCUAGACACAAAUGAUCGUUACCUCGCCAACAUUCAACGAGGCGGAUCAUAUUCAGUGGUUCCGCGCGUUCCGGGUGGUGAAAUCACACCCGAAAAACUUAUUACUCUUGGGCAAGUUGCUAAACGUUUUGGAUUAUAUACUAAAAUCACAGGGGGACAGAGAGUUGAUUUAUUCGGUGCAGAAAAACAUGAUCUUCCCCAAAUAUGGGAAGAUCUAGUUAAUGGUGGAUUUGAAUCGGGUCACGCUUAUGGUAAAGCCCUUAGAACGGUGAAAUCAUGUGUUGGAUCCACUUGGUGUAGAUACGGCAUCGGCGAUUCUGUGGGAUUCGCUAUUCAACUUGAAGAUCGAUACAAGGGAAUUAGAGCCCCUCAUAAGAUUAAAGGUGCCGUAUCCGGUUGUAUCAGAGAAUGUGCGGAAGCACAAGGAAAAGAUUUUGGUUUAAUUGCGACAGAUUCUGGUUUUAAUGUCUAUGUUUGCGGAAACGGUGGUGCUCAACCUAAACAUGGUGUUAUAUUGGCGAAGAAUGCUUCAGAAGAAAAUGCUAUCAAGUAUCUUGACCGGUUCUUGAUGUAUUAUAUUCAUACUGCAGAUCAUUUGACAAGAACUGCAAGAUGGCUCGAAAAGAUGGAUGGAGGAAUUGAGUAUCUUCGCAAGGUUAUUAUUGAUGACUAUCUCGGAAUUUGUAAAGAAUUAGAAGAGGACAUGGCUCGUUUAAUUUAUACUUAUCAAUGUGAAUGGGCUGAGGUGGUUAAAAAUCCCAAUAGACGCGCUAUGUUCCAACAAUUUGCCAAUUCGUCGGAGACUACAGAGGGUAUUGAAUAUAUUACAGAACGAGGACAACGACGUCCUGCCGACUGGCCCAAAGAAUUCUCAGAAGAGCCUAUUAAAGAUGAAAUUAAUUUAAAUCCGGGUGAAAAAUCUUGGAUUAAAAUUGCCAGAUUAGAUCAUUUUCCAGAAAAUGCAGGGCAGGUCGUUAAAUAUGGGGACGUACAAAUUGCAAUAUAUAAUACACAUAAAAAGACUCAAUGGUUUGCAACACAAAACAUGUGUCCACAUAAAAGAGCAUUCGUAUUGUCUCAAGGGAUAGUAGGUGAUGAAAACGGGACUAUCAAAGUGAGCUGUCCGAUGCAUAAAAAGAACUUUGCCUUGGAAACAGGUGAAUGUUUAUCAGGAGACGUAAAUUUGAGAUUAAUGACCUUUGACAUAAAGAUAGAAGAUGAUCAUAUUUGGUUACAUCUUCCAUCCACUUACGAACUUGAUCGAUUACUUGGAACUAGUAAAUGGAAAGUCACUAAAAAUGGUAAAAAACAAAAAGAAAGAAUAAUGGACAGAUCCGCAACAAAUAUUCAGAUGUUAGGAACAACGAGUUCUUCCGGUUGUGCAGAUGUUUCAUGUGGUGAUAAGAAAUUGGAUUGGUAA